AUGGCUCCUUGCGGCGGCAGCAAGCAGGGAGCUCCGCGCGGAGUCCUUGGCCACGGAGAGCCGGGAUCCGAGCACCAGUUUCGUGGCGGCGACGGGGGAGGGGCCGCUGCGGCCAGGCUUCGCGGCAGCGGCAGGAACCGGGCUCCUGCGCCCAGGCUCCGCCGCAGCUGCACGGACGGGGCUGCCGCGCCCAGGAUCCGCGGCGCCGGCGAGGACGGGGCUCCCACGCCCAGGCUCUGUGGCUCCGGCGAGGACGGGGCUGCCCCGCCCAGGGCCCGCGGCGGCGGCGGGAACGGGACACCCAGGGCCCGCGGUGGCGGGGAAGGGGCAGCAGCGCCUAGGCUUCACGGCGGCGGCGGCGGGGACUUUCCAAGCGCGCCCAGGCCCAACGGCCACUUUGGGCCGGCCGCGCACAGACACCUUCCAUGGGAUAACAAUCCACACCUCCCGGUGGAUUUAUGA